AUGGUGGAUGAAACGGAAUCAAAACAGUUAAACAAAUCAUUACAAGUACUGCAAAAUAAUCCUGUCUUUAAUGAUGAAGAUAUAAUUCAUCGAUCUCCGUCUGUUGGAAGCAAUAAUUCUAAAAAUGAACCAGAUAAUUUAAUAAAUAGCGAAUGGUCUCAAGUUGAGAGUAUUGACCUAAUCAAUGAUGGUACAGGACUAGGUUUUGGCAUUUUGGGAAUGAGGAAUAUGGGAGUAGUAGUCAAAACAAUUUUACCUGGAGGUGUAGCAGAUCGGGAUGGUAGAUUACAAAGUGGUGAUCACAUUUUACAGAUAGGUGAAGUAAAUCUCCAAGAAAUGAAUUCUGAACAAGUAGCUUCUGUUUUAAGACAAUCUGGUACCCGUGUUAGAUUGAUAGUAGCCCGACCAGUAGAUAUAUCUUCAACCGAAUACAAAUAUUUAGGAAGUUCUGCUCCUCUAGUUCCCACUAGACUGCUUCAUGAUUGCACCGAAUUAGAUAAAUAUCUGGUGCAACAUAAGUAUGCCCCUGUAUUUAAAAAAAGCAUUAACACAGAAUUGUUUCAAGCAGAUUUGUCUAUGCCAUAUGGAAUUUCUGGACUUUCUCGGGUUCCUGCUUCACCUUCACUGCCUUUGUUAAAUUUGGACAUGGUUGUUAAAAUGCCAGAAAUGGAAAAGUUUGUUGUUGAAUUAAAAAAAGAUGCCAAUGGUUUAGGUAUUACAAUAGCUGGUUAUGUUUGUGAAAAAGAAGAACUCUCAGGUAUCUUUGUCAAAAGCGUCAGUAAAGGUAGUGCAGCUGAUUUAAGUGGUAAAAUUAAAGUCAAUGAUAGGAUUGUGGAAGUAGAUGGCCAGACUUUACAAGGAUAUAGUAACUUUCAAGCUGUUGAGGUGUUAAGAAAUUCAGGAAAUGUUGUCAAAUUAUGUCUAGAAAGAUAUCUCCAUGGGCCAAAAUAUGAGCAACUACAACAAGCAAUUGCUGCAAGUGAGAUAAAAUCUGCAUCGCCUCCUGAUGUGCCACGAUUUCUCAAAGAAGAUGGAAUAUUGAGUCUAAAUGGCAGUAGUAAUCACGAAUCAGGCCAGAUGCACAAAGAACCGCUCAAUGAUGUAAAAAGUGAACCUCUGUCCCCAACUACUGAAAAGGCUCUCCGGAAGAAUUGGCAGAAGGUCAUGGGUCCAGACACCGAGAUAAUCAUAGCACAGUUAACCAAAUUUGCAGAGAAGGGUGGAUUAGGUAUCAGUUUAGAAGGGACGGUUGAUGUAGAAGAUGGACAGGAAGUUCGACCCCAUCAUUAUAUCCGAUCAAUACUUCCCGAAGGUCCUGUGGGAAGAAAUGGUAUCUUAAGGUCAGGGGAUGAGUUGUUAGAAGUGAAUAACCAUACACUAUUAGGAAUGAAUCAUCAUGAAGUAGUAAGCAUUUUAAAGGAACUGCCCGUUAAUGUGUGUAUGGUGUGUGGUCGAAAUCCAUUUAACUUGUUAGCUCAACGUGAUGAUCCAAUUGCAGACAGAGGAUCUUUGAAUCGGAGUCUGCAUAAUCUUCUCCCUGUGUCUGAUCGACUAGUAAAGGCAAAAUCUGAUGGGUCUUUAGCCAGUAGUAUUACCAUUUUAGGAUCUUCUGACCAAGCUUUUAGUAAGAUGAAGUCUCGCUCAUUAGAACCAUUAACGGGAUUAGCUAUGUGGAGUUCAGAUCCUCAAGUAAUUGAAUUAGUUAAAGGAGAACGUGGUUUAGGGUUCUCUAUUUUAGAUUAUCAGCAUCCUAUAGAUCCUAAUGAUACUGUUAUUGUGAUUAGAAGUUUAGUACCUGGUGGUGUAGCGCAACUUGAUGGUAGAUUGAUUCCUGGGGAUCGCUUGUUAUUUGUUAAUGAUACAGUAUUAGAGAAUGCUUCACUUGAUCAAGCUGUUCAGGCUCUCAAAGGUGCUCCAAAAGGAAUUGUUAGAAUAGGUGUAGCUAAACCUUUGCCCAUUCCCGAUACUAUAGGUCAUAACUCACUUGUUGAUAUUGACACCAAUAGGUAUAUAACAACCAACUCUAUACUCAAUUAA